UUCAAGAUAUUUUUCUUCUAAAAAAUCCUCAGGAUGAAUACGACGUCAAACUUUAGCAUGCUACAAGACCCAGAACCAGACAAUGUCGUAAAAAUCUUCUCAAAAAUACAGAAGUUUUCUAAUCCAGUUUUUUGUUUCGUUGGGCUCAUUGGGAGUAUUUUUGCUCUCACCGUUUUCCUCAGUAAGUCCCAGCGUUCUACUUCCUGUUGCCUCUACCUAGCUGCUCGUUCCGUUUCGGACAUUGGUUUCUUGAUUUCACUCAUCAUUGUGUGGAUAACAGACGUAACGGACAUAGCUAUUUUAAACUCUCCAGGAGGUUGUCAAUUGACUAUCUUCCUCUCUUACAUCUGUGGAUUUUUAUCUGUUUGGUUUGUUGUAAUUGUCACAGCCGAAAAUUAUAUUCGAAUCUGCCAUCCGUUUUCUGUAAUGGAGUAUUGUACCCCCAAAAUAUCGAAACUCGUCAUCAGCGGUUUCUUUAUUUUAGCUCUUGCCUUGUACAGUUUUCCACUGUGGACAUUGAGAGUAUCUGAUGGGCGCUGCACAGAGAUUCCACGCUUUGACGAGUUAUUUCAAAUGUUUGUACACAUGGAUACAGCCUUGACGCUAGUACUUCCUGCUCUGCUUAUAACAUUUCUGAUGGUCACCAUCACUUUCAAUUUGUUCAGAAGCUACCAUCGUUUUCGAAGACUCAAAGGAAAAAGAUCAGAGAACAAGAGGUCGAGAAACCAUUCAAAAGUUACGAAACUUUUGUUUACUGUUUCUCUUGUGUUUUUAGCUCUUAAUCUACCAAGUCAUGUCAUUCGAACUAUAAUGGCUUUAUCCAAAUACAUAAUGAAGCGCUCCCAUUUUACAACAACCGAGAUGGUAUUACAGAAACUAUUUUAUACCUUAUACUACCUAAGUUAUGCUAUUAAUUUAUUUAUAUAUUUGCUAUGUGGUGAAAAAUUCAGACGGGAUUUUUACCAUAUGUACAUCGAAUGCUUUGCGAAAAGCUACGAGGAAAAGAGGAAUAAAAGAUUAAAAACUGAUUCCUCGAGUUCCCAGCUCUUAAAUAGACAGUCCACUAAAACGGAGGGGAGUGGAACUGUUGUGUGACGUUUUUAUUAGAAAAGAGUGUUGUUUGUUGCAAUUUUUCAAAGAGGUUCACUCAGUGAUUUUGCAGUGCAACUGAAAUU